AUGGAAAUCUCAACCUUCCUCGUCCCUACCCUGCUCGCUCUCUCCCUCUACCGCUUCUUCACAGUCGGCCGCUUUGAAGCCCCAGCCCUCCUCACCACAUACAUCUUCCUCAGCUCCAUCCUCCCCUUCGCCAAAAAUGCAUACACAGCUUCACGCACCGGCAUGCCACGCAUCCACGUCUUCUGGCACCCGCAUUCAUUCAUCUGGAUGGUAGCCGGCGUCCCCUUACGACCCUACCUAAAACAUUACCUCCCAAACUGGAUCUGGGAUCGUCUCGCCCCCACAAUCUACGGCUGGGAAUUCCAAGAAGGAAUGCGACCCUUUGAAAACUUUGCCGCGCCGCAAGGUGACAGGAAGACGUUCUGGUUGGUGAGUUGUGGUGCGGAGCUGGAACUUUAUACUUGGGAUCGAGAUAUUGUAAAGCAGGUCUUGAUGAGACAUCAAUACUUUCAUCAGUUGAAGUUGACGGCGUUUUUUCUGGAGAAGUUUGGGAAGUCGUUGUUUACGAGUAAUGGGGAGUCGUGGGCACGGCAGAGGAAGGUUCUGGCUGCGGUUGUUAAUGAGAAGAUCAGUAAGACGGUGUUUGGGGAGACGGUUAGGCAGGCUGAGGGGUUGGUUGAGGAGGUGAUCAGGAAGGAUGCGAUGAGUGGUGGGAAAGGCGUUGCGGAGACGAAUCGGAUUUUUGAUAUGCUGAAGAAAGUGACAAUCCACGUUCUGAGUGGAGCUGGGAUGGGAACAACUGUGUCUUGGUCUAAUGAUGGUGGGGAGAAGAAAUUAAAACCAGGGAUGAAGAUGGACUAUAUGGACGCCUGCAAAAUUGUCACUGGAGCUACUAUGGGCCCGAUCAUUCUGCCGCAAUGGUUCACCUCUAACUAUCCCUCCUUCCUACCUGGACACGACUUUAUGCGAAACCUCAGCAUUGCUAUGCGCGAGUUCCCAGUACAUACCGGUGACCUUCUCAAUUUAGAGCGAGAACGUCAAAGAAAUACUUCCGCAGCUGCAAGUACCACUGGCAACGCAAUGUCCGCCCUCCUCCAACACGCCAAAACCGAAGAGAACCCCAACGGCCUAACGGAAGACGAAAUCCGAGGCAACCUCUUCAUCUUCACCGUCGCAGGCUUCGAAACCACAGCAAACACCCUCAGCUACACCAUAAUGCUCUUGAUCCUCCAUCCCUCAUGGCAAAAAUGGCUCUUCGAAGAAAUCGACUCGAUCAUACCCGCUUCAGGACCUACAGAUGAGGAACUCGACUACCAAACUCUAUUUCCCAAAUGUCAGCGCAUCCUAGCCUUCAUGUUCGAAACCCUCCGCUUCCAUCCACCGCUAGUCCACAUCGUCAAGGAAACGCAAGGCGAACAGAUCCUCGUCACGGAGAAAGGGAAAGAACUCCGUGUCCCGGAUGGCACGUUAGUGUACCUCGAUGCCGUCGCGCUCCAUCUGGAUCCCGAAGUUUACCGGAACACCAAUCUUGACAGCGCUCGCUACGAGAAAGAAUCUGACGAUGAUGAGCUCAAGUUCCGGCCGACGAGGUGGUUGCAUCAAAGCUCGGAUUCGAAGAUUACGAUGUUCGCGCCUCCGAAAGGUUCGUUUUUAUCUUGGUCCAUGGGGCCUAGGGGUUGUCCUGGGCAGAAGAUGAGUCAGGUGGAGUUUGUAGCUGUGAUUUUGACGUUGCUGAGGAGGCAUUCGAUUGAGGUGGUGAAGUUUGAUGGGGAGAGUGAUGAGGAGGCGACUGCGAGAAUUGAGAGGUGGGUUGCGAAUAGUUUUAGUAAAGCUACGUUGGAGAUGAGUGGGGUGUAUGAUAUUUCUGGGGAAGAAGUAGGUUUUAGAGUGGGAUUGAGGAGGAGGAGAUGA